AUGAAGGCCGAGUACUUUGACGUCGCAAGCCCACGAACGGAAGCCUACGCGCUCGAGAUGGCGCCGCCGCCGACGGCGUCGAUCCCAACGGAAACAAUCCAUGUCGCGCUCAAGGCCCGGAAGCAGCUCCGUCGGCAUUUCAUGACGCUGCCGGGACCGCUCCUCCUCUUCUUUGCGUUCAUCGCGAUGGUGCUGACGCACACGCCGAUCCACCAAGUGUACAUGGCCGACCACGGCGUAGCGACGGAGCUCAACCCGAAAGCAGAGGAUGUUGUCCCGUCCAAGACCGUCGUGAGCUUUAUGAAGAUCCGGGCCCUCGACGACAUUCCCAAGUGGAUCAACAACUCGGUGCUACCGUCCGUCUUUCAGAACGUGACCAUCAACGAUACGAUUGUUGCGGGCCGCAUUAGCUCAUACAACCAGCUCGUUGGUGCGGUCGACAUUUCGGUCCUCAACAUGCCCAAGACCGAGUGCCAGAGCUCGAGUGGCCUCAAAAACCACUACGGGCCGUGCGUUGACUUUGAGAUUGACUCGCCAAUCGAUGCACCGGUCAGCAGCCUUCGGGAGCGCAACCUGCGCCGCUUUCCGUGGUACACCAUGUACAUUCCGAUCGGCAACACAAAGCCGUACGACCGCUUCAAGCGCUGGCAGGUCGAAGGCACCAAAGGUGGCUACUACCUCUCGCCGACCACGAAGGAGCUUCUCGUCAAGAUCACGACGUACAACGGCCAGCUCGACCUCUUUACGUACCAGCUCUUCAAAGUUGAAGUCGAAGAAGGCGGCGCCUGCAGCCCCACCUACAAGGUGCAGAGCAUUCCGACCAACCCGUACUCGACGUCGCACAUCAACAUUGUCAUGGACGCGAUCGUUGGGCUUCUUGUCCUGCAAGUGCUCGGCCGCCGGCUCUGGAUGCUCGUACGUCAGUUCCGCGGCAAGGACUCGUGGUCCUGCGACGUUGGCACGACCUUUAUCGAGUGGUGCUCGAUCAUCGUCGUCGUGCUGUACUACGCAGCGUGGAUCCAAGUCUGCAACAAGUUCUUCAACUCGAACCUCGACGGCCAAGUCCAAGCACUCGACGACUUUUACACUGACUUGUACAAGCUCCCCGAGACGGCCAACGCCACCACAGCACCGGGCCAAUACAACCAGCGCGACUACAUGGGCAACAGCACGCAGCCGAUUGUGUCGGACAUCAUCGACACGUUUGGCGGUGCGAUUGACUUUGUGUACAUUGUGUCGAUCAUUGCGUGCCUCCAGCUCGUGAUCCAGUACAGUGUUUCGAUGGGUGGAGAUAUUGUCUUAUCGUGCCUUUUGUAUAGUGUGCUUGCGGCGUUCCAGUUUCACCCAACGAUGAACGUCUUGACCAAUACGAUUGUGUCGAGUGUGAAGCGGCUCGGGUCGUUCCUCUUCAUCUUCCUUUUGGUUGUCGUGGCCCUCGCGACGUCUGGGUGCCUCCUCUUUGGGCCGCAGCUCGAAGAGUUUAGCCGCCUCGACAAGUCGAUGGUGACGUGCAUCAACAUGCUCUUUGGCGGCUACAGCUACGACCUCAUCAAGGACGUCAACGACCUCGCGGUCGUUUGGUUCUGGGUCAGUCAGUCGAUUGUGACACUUGUGCUGGUCAACAUUAUGCUGGCCGUUGUCAUCACGUCCCACCAAGAGAUUGUCGACGUCAACCUUGGGAAGCGCUCGUUUGUGGACGAGUUUUUUCUUGUCAUGCGGGACGUGAUCAAGAUUUACAUUUUGCGGCGUCCAGACCUCUUCAAGAAGCUCACCAACCGCAUGGAGAUCGAGUCCCACAUUUUCUGGACGACCAAGGACGUGGCCGUCGGGAUCAACAUCAGCGAGCGCCGCGCCGAACGGCUCAUCGCCAAACUCAAGCACUACGCGGCGUCCGUGGACGUCGACGAGCCCGGGCACGGCGUCAACCGGAUCGCUGCGGCCCUCGAUCGCGCCACCGUGCCUGCAAGCCAGAGCGUCGAUGCCAGGAUGCAAGAGAUGGACGCCAAGCUCGCCUUCUUGGUCGAGUGCAUGAAGCAGCAGCAGCAACGCCUUCUAUAG